AUGCGUCCACGCUCUCAUGCUAUCACUCCUGUGAACGCUUCAAUGAUGAAACCCAUAUCCGAAAAUUCGCUACCAUACACUGAGAGCGAUAAUUCGGCCCGAGAUGCGCGUCAUGGGCGUAACACCACCGCCUCUACUGUUUCCUGUCACUCAAAUCAUUAUGAUAGGUCUGUGAUCGAAGAUGGUGUUCGAAUGCACGACUUCUCUUCUCCCACCCCGAGCAAAUCUCGUGGUAAAAGCCCCGAUCCAAACCGAUUUGUCGCAGAACGGCCCUCUCGUCUCAGUGAAAGCGUUGGCGCGAGACUCACAGUCUCCAAGACCGACAAUUUGUCUGUUGAUGAUCAAGCCACUUCAGAGUGGGAAACAGUAGCUGGAGACGAUGCGCCUGAAACAUACCCAGAAGCUUCGACCAAGUCGCUGAGAUGCCAGAGAAACCUUUUCGGUUACAAUUCACAGAAGGAAAGUCUACAGACCAAACGUCACGUCUGGGCACCACAAACGGAGAGCUUUGAGCUUGUCUCACACUCUAGCCCGUCCGUGCGAGUGCACCCGAGAUCUUCUCCUCGUUUGCAAUCGUUUCACUCUUCAUCCAGUUUCUACAGUGACUUGAGCAAGCAAAGUGAAUUAGGCCGUGGCAAAGACGCAAACAUCUACGGGAAAUCUCCCAUCCCUUGCGAUCCCGAAGAUUUCACAACGGACAAUCGCGCUCAGCAAGAAACCAAGACGUACUCCCAUGCCUCGUCCGACAGCCAUGACGACCCCUUCAAGUAUGACAGUGAAGUGUACUCGGGAUUUCUCCGCCCAUCGGCCGAGAGGGAAGUUAGUGAUGCGCUGCACAAAGCCGGCUUAGCCGUCUCUUCAAAAGAGACCAUCCCGCAAUUCCCAGAGGGAAACAGUUCCAAUGCUUCACAGAGAGGUGCCCCUGUUACCUCCUUCUACCAUGCUGGCGCUAUUCGAGACCAAGACACGCGCCGUGUUCCAGUUCCCGAUAGACGACUGACCGGUGAAAUUGCCACUCUUGACAAGAGCAGACCUCUUACUGGUACCGAGGGCGACUGGCAGACUGUCACUAGCGAACAAGCUUUCAACUCCAUGCAGCAGGAAUACCUCGACAGCAUCGCAAAAGGAACUGGGAGCAGUCUUGCUGAUGUGUCUGAUGUGACGGAGCGCGGCCCUCAACUUCGCACAUACAGCUCUACGGACAGAAUCAUCCAUCACCCUUACGGCGAUAACCCUUAUGAUUCGUACCACAUUCGUCGUGACAGAGGAACUAACCUCGCGGUUUCUGUUCCACGCUAUGGCAACGGCCCAGGGACAUUUGCCAGCAACACUGCUCGAAAAUUUGUCCAGCCAAUGUCCAGAUUGCCUGAAUCAGCUGCUCGACUCUCCAACAUCUUUCGCAGAGACCAAAACGAACAGACACCUGAUGGUCAUGGCAUACUUCUCUCCGAUCUGGAUCCCAAAAGAGCAAGCUACCAGAGCCUCGACUCUGAUGCAAUUCCAAGCGGCGAUACCGCAGAUUCAAACUUGCCCAAUGGCCAAAAGUUUUUCAGCUGGAAUCGAAUUCGCGAAACUCUUGGGCGAGAGCCACCCAAGACCCCUCUGACCAUUCUCGAUCAGCCCCUGUACAGACAUGGUAUACAAGACUCUGAAAAUUCCAACAAAUCGAAGCACAUUCCUCACGAUGAUUUUCUCAAACAGCUUCCAACGCUGCCUUUCCCCCUCAUCAGUCUUCCUGAAGCUCAAAUGUUGCAGCGGUUCAAACGACAGAGGGGGGAAGAAGAUCAUACUGAGAGUGCACGUAACUUUGCUGCCCGUGGAAGGUCAAACACUAUCAGCACUGCUGCCUCGCCAGGUCUCCCUGUUACUCCCUCUCCUCCCAAGAGAAGAUUCUGGGCCAUCUCUCCCAGAGGCGACAUUGCACGACCUGCACCGACUCAUCAGCCUCAGGGAUUACGCCAGAGGUUCCGUCGCCGUGACUCAAGCGAGAGAAUUUCCGAGAUACUCGUUUCGUCUUCCGCUAUCCUCGACACGCCACCAUCCACGAAGCCCAAGUCUAGCACUCAUCGGGCGUGGUAUCGAGGACUACAGCCGAGCUUCUCAACUCCUCGUGUCGGACAGACCCAGCCUCGUGGGUUCUCCUCUAGUAUGAGGUCCCGUCAAACCAGCAGAUUCCAGCCAGACUUUGAACCUCUCGAUGGAAGCCCCUUCACACUGGCCGAGACUCGCCUUAUUGAAGAGGCCCGUGAGAACAUGUUCUACCACCGUCAGCGAACUGACAUGAUCGCCGAACGAGGAAAGAGACUUUUCAUCUGGAUCAUGAUCCUGACUCUUUUCUUCCCGUUUAUCGGCCCAGUCGUUCUCUACGGUAAACUCAACUCGACCAUCUCGUGGUACACUCACGGGGAGAUCCAGUGCCUCGCCCAGGAUCAGCGCGGAAUUCUCAAGCAGCAACUUGUUGUUGAGGCUGUCUUGUACACUGCUCUCAUCAUUGCGCUUUCCGUCCACUACUCAAUCUACAACUAG